UCUAUAAACACCCAUAAUUCCAUUUCUUACUGAAUACCAUAGAGUGUUAUUACACAUGCAAAAUUCUAACAAUAACAACCAUGAACAACGUCAUCACGCUCCUCUUCUUCCUACUCCCUCUUUUCUUCCCCAUCCCAAUUCAAUCUUUUCCCAAUCUCUCAUUAUCUUCACAAAAUCAUUUCAUCAAUCGAAUCACACGAAACACGACCUCGAAUCACGACACCGAGUACUUUGAAGUCACACAACCACUCCCAACCGACGACCUUACUCCAACUUGCUCAAUCAAUGUCCUCAAUCACACCUUUGAAAACAACUCCAACUCCACUUCCAACAUUACAUCUCGAUUGGUCAACGUUCCGUACAGUCCACCACCCGCCACGUGUCAAUGGUCCCACGUGGUCCUUGAUUUCCAUGCUCAAUGUCAAGGUGAAAAACAACAACAUGAUGAUAUCGCCGGUUUAUGGAUUAAUGGAGUUGAGCUUUUGCGUACGAGUAUCUCUCAACCAAAUGAAUACGGGUCGGUUGUCUUUUGGAAUAUUCGCAAAGAUGUUACUCGUUAUUCUUCAGUUCUUGCUCAAAAUAAUCUCACAUUUUCUCUAAUGAUUGAAAACCUACUUAACGAAGAAUUCGUUGAUGUUUACUUCGUUAAUGUGUCUUUACUCUUUUACAACGGCAAUGUCAUUAAAGGAGAAUCAUUAUAUCCUUAUGAAACACCAGCCGAUUUGAUUGUACCGGUAUCUGGAGGUCUAGACGAGUCGGGUUUUUGGUUGAAAAUACAUAACGAAUCAGAUGUGCAAACAAGAAAUGUAGAAAUUUCUCAAAAGAGUUACAAAGCGGUACUUGAAGUAUAUGUUUCGUUUCAUGGAGAUGACGAGUUUUGGUAUAUGAAUCCGCCUGAUUCGUAUAUAACAGCCAACAAUUUAAACAGGAGCAAAGGGAAUGGAGCAUAUCGCGAAGUUUUGGUUACUGUUGAUGGAAAUAAAUUGGUGGGUACCGUGAUUCCUUUUCCGGUGAUAUACACCAAAGGAAUCAAUCCGUUGUUAUGGAAACCGGUGGUGUCAUUCGGAGCUUUCGAUCUUCCUUCAUAUGAUAUUAACUUCACUCCAUUUUUAGGCCUUCUUUUAGAUAACAAAAAUCAUUCUAUCGGGUUUGAAAUCGCGGGUGGGGUUUCAUUUUGGCUAGUGGAUGCAAAUUUGCAUCUUUGGUUGGAUCAAUCAAAUGUGAUCGCGAUCGUGGAGUACGAACCGCCGGCUAUGGAAAUCGAACACGAAUAUGAGUUUGAAGGGCUAAAAGGGGAGUUCGAGAUUGAAGUAGAAAGAAAGACCACGGCUAUUGGUUGGAUACAGUCGAGUUUAGGUUUUUUAAAGACGAAAAUAACUGAGAAAAAUACUUUCAAAAACAAACUCAAGUAUUUGGAUCAAGGAACUCGUGUAACGCUUGAACAAGAGAUCAAAGUCAAAACUAAAGUAAAGAUCACAACCGAUUCGGGUCAUUCAAUUGGAGAACUUGAAAUCGAAAAAGUUUAUCCUUUGAAACUCAAUAUUGUGAAUCAGCCUGGAUUUGGUAAAGGUUGUGGUUAUUUGAUGAGCACGUCGAAUGUGGUUCAAGGGCGGACCGACAGAUUUACAAGCGAAAAAAUAUCUAGAGUUUUGAAGCGUAAUUUAAAUUGUACUAGUUCGAUGGUGGUGAAGGAUAAUGGUCUCGUCGUUUCGGGCUCGAUGGAAAACCAUCAGAAUUAUGACUAUAAGGAUGAAUUUGGUUGUUACUCUCGAAGGGUUGAGAUGGUGGGAGGUGAUGUUAUUGCAGAUCAAACGAGCUCCAAUUGUGUUGAUUAGUUAAAUAUGUGUGUUUUAAAUUUAUGUGUCUUGAAUAAAUCUUAGAUUGUGUAAUCUUAAUCUAAGACAGAAUUAAGUUAAUUAUCGUGUAGUUUUCUUUUUGAUUAAAUAUU